AUGUGGGUUAAACGUGGUAGUUUUGUCAUAAUACAACCUAUUCACGAAGGUGUUAAGGUCAAAGGUGAAAUUGUUAGAGUUUUGAUCCCCCAACAAAUAAAGAAUUUCAAGGAAGACAAAAUAUGGCCUGCUGCGUUCUAUGACAAACAUGAAUUGGAGGAGAGUGAUGAUGAUAAUGACGAUGAUAUCCCAAUGAAUACUAACAGAGUACAAGCAAUGAUCGAAAUUUACAGUGACAGUGAUUCCAGUGAAGAUGAUCCUAGUGAUAACGAUCAGAGUGACGAUGAUGAUAGUGUUGGUGAAACGUAA